AUGUAUGGCCCGCUCGAUGAAAUGCUGUUGCUGUUGGAGGCCUAUAAAAUGGUGUACGAUGAUGGUGAUGGGAUGGAAAGUGACUCUUCUGGAAAGCCAAAGCUCGUUACCACCCAACGGGUUCUCUAUCAGAUCCUUAAAAAUCAGAAACUACCUAUGUCCUAUUUAAAAUCAGAAAGCCUGUCAGACUCCCCAAGUGUACUAGCUGUUGGUGCUAUGCACACUCCUGCGGUAUUGUGUAUCGAUCAGAUGAUCCUUUCUUUAGCCCCUCUUGAAGUGAACUUUUGUCGCAUGAAUUUCUACCCGCCUAUUUUGAAUACCGGUAAAGUACCAGAAGAGCUAGUCGUUACAAAAUUAUCCUUUAAACAGAAUACAAAGAUAGUGGCGAGUGCAACAAGAACUAGAUUUUAUCAACGUUACUGCAUUUACUGUAUAUUUCGGAUUAUUCUUUAUCAAGCUUUGCUGCUGCGACAAAGUGACAAGCAAUUGCACGUAGGGCUUGUCAGAAGACUGUUUCUUUCCUAG